AUGGUCGCCGACGCCGCCAUCUACCACCCCAGCGUGGCCCACUACCUGCGCUUCGUCGCCACCACCGCCGGCCGCGACAAGGUCCUGCGCACCCUGCAGUACUUCGCGCGCUUCUACGCCUGGUACCUGUUCCGCACCAACGGCGCCCCCGGCGAGAUCGCCCCCUGGGACGCCGUCAAGAAGCAGUUCGGCCUGACGCGCAAGCUCAUGCGCGUCGGCAAGAACGUCGAGCACCUGCGCGCCGCCGCCGCCGCAGCGGACGCCAAGGCCGGCACCCUCGACCCGGUGCUGCGCUACACCGCCGUCGCCCGCCAGCUCGGCUAUGCCGGUUACCUAUCCCUCGACAUGGCCACCGUGCUGGACGCCGCGGGGAUUCGCAAGAGCGAGUCCACCAAGAGGCUCCAGCGCGAGGCAUUCCGGUUCUGGGCCAUGGGCCUGAUCAGCUCCGUUGUCGCACAGACUUAUACGCUGUACCAGCUCAAGCAGCGCGAGGCAAAGGUCGAUAAGAAGGAGGGCGAGGGCGUUGUGGAGAGCAAGCGGAUAGCAAUUGAGCGGUCUGCCAGCCAAUUGCAGCUCAUCUCCGACUUGUGCGAUCUGACCAUUCCUACCUCGGCACUCGGCUGGGUCAACCUUGACGACGGCAUCGUCGGUAUUGCCGGCACCGUCAGCAGUCUGAUCGGUCUGGUGGCGAUAUGGAAGAAGACGGCUUGA